AUGACAGAGCAAUCCGUUUCAGCAGAUACGACUCUUAUGGACUCUGACCAUGCCAAGAUAACUGUACACAACAUUGGAAAAGCAAUUACCCCAUCCAAUGGGCAGCGAACCGCGGAAUCUAGCCAUCGAGGUGGAAUGGAAGCAGUUGAGACCAUCAGUGCCAGGGCGUCACAUGGCUCAGGGGUUUCCGGCGAAUAUUAUGAUUCCCAACUAGAAAAUGCCGCCCUGGCGAAAAAGAACCACCAUACAACACCGGUGGAAGGCUCUGAAGUUGCAAAGGCCAUAGAACCUACGCACACCUAUAAGACAUUCGCCAAAAUGCAACCAGAACCUACCGGAGUAGGAAGCGCCUGCUACGGUUGCGGUGACACAUUUAACUCGGUAGUUAGUCUCCAACUCCAUCAGAUGGCAAACGAGCAUAACUGCUGCAAAUUGUGCUUCAGUUUCUUUAGCGAUGACUCCCUUUUCAAAUUCCAUAUUCAGAAGAUGCACACAUUUAAAUGUUAG